AUGGGUGGAGGCAACGGGCAGAAGUCAAAGAUGGCUCGUGAAAAGAACCUCGAGAAGCAGAAGGCCGCCGGAAAGGGAAGCCAGCUGGAUUCAAACAAGAAAGCAAUGACCAUUCAGUGCAAGGUGUGCAUGCAAACAUUUAUGUGCACCACUUCGGAAGUGAAGUGUAGGGAGCAUGCUGAAGCCAAACACCCUAAAUCUGAUGUUUAUGCCUGUUUUCCUCACCUGAAAAAGUGA